UUGAAGUAGAACCCCUCUCUCUCUCUCAUUCUCACUCUCUCUCUCUCUCUCUUUGGAUUCUUUUCUCUGUAAUCAAAGCAAACCCAAAUCCUCUCCACAUUUUUUGUUUUCUCUUCCUUAAGAGUAACGGUGUCCCUCUGUAACAAAUGCACCACUUUUUCUAUAAUCCUUCACAUCUGCACUGAGGGGNGCUUGAGGCAUUAAGGGGGAAUUGAUUUGAUACAUUAUAUGACAAUGGAAGGAGAAUCAUUUGGUUUAAUCGUUGGGAUCUCACUUGGUUUGGUGAUUGGUGUUGUGUUAGCUGUUUCAGCUUUGUUCUGCUUUAGGUACCAUAGGAAAAAGUCCCAGAUUGUGAACAGUGGUGCUGGUGGUGGCUCUAGCAGAAGUGCUAGCGUUCCUAUCAGAGAGAAUGGUGCUGAUUCUUGUAUUAUCAUGUCUGAUUCCACCAUUGGUCCUGAUUCUCCUGUUAAAUCUUCUUCCAAGAAUGCUGGGAGGUCUCUUUGGCUUGAUGGUUUUACUAAAAAGAGUAAUGUCAUCUCUGCUUCUGGCAUUUUGGAAUAUUCUUACAGGGAUUUGCAGAAAGCAACCUGUAACUUUACAACUUUGAUAGGCCAAGGAGCAUUUGGACCUGUUUAUAAAGCUCAAAUGUCCACCGGUGAGACUGUUGCUGUGAAAGUUCUAGCCACUGAUUCUAAACAGGGUGAAAAAGAGUUUCAGACAGAGGUUAUGUUACUGGGAAGGUUGCAUCACCGUAAUUUAGUGAACUUGGUUGGCUAUUGCGCUGAAAAAGGACAGCACAUGCUUAUAUAUGUUUACAUGAGUAAAGGAAGCUUAGCUUCUCACUUAUACAGCGGAAAACAUGAACCGCUUAGCUGGGAUUUGAGAGUAUAUAUUGCUUUAGACGUAGCACGCGGUCUAGAGUAUCUUCACGAUGGGGCUGUUCCUCCUGUAAUCCACAGAGAUAUUAAGUCUUCCAACAUAUUGUUGGAUCAAUCCAUGAGAGCUCGGGUUGCAGACUUUGGACUAUCUAGAGAAGAAAUGGUAGACAAACAUGCUGCUAACAACAUCCGAGGAACAUUUGGUUAUCUCGAUCCAGAGUACAUUUCCACAAGAACAUUCACCAAGAAAAGUGAUGUUUAUGGCUUUGGUGUUUUGCUAUUCGAACUUAUAGCUGGAAGAAACCCUCAACAAGGUCUAAUGGAAUUGGUUGAGCUGGCGGCUAUGAAUGCAGAGGAAAAAGUUGGGUGGGAAGAGAUAGUGGAUUCAAGACUAGACGGGAGAUUUGACUUACAAGAAGUGAAUGAAGUUGCUGCUUUUGCAUAUAAAUGCAUCUCUCGUGCACCUAGAAAACGUCCCAACAUGAGGGACAUUGUUCAGGUCUUGACUCGUGUCAUUAAGGUGAGAAAUUGCAGAAAACGACAGAAGAGUUCUCCUCCUCCUCCUCCUCCUCCGGUGGUGGAGGAGUCAGAAGGUGAGCUAACCGCACACGGAUCAUUACGAUCGGAAAAACACCGGAGGGAUAAUUCCGUGGACAGUAGUAUAGCUGAAGACUUGUAAUUUUUUUAUAAAACAAGAAAAAAGAAAGUAUCAUUUUUUUUUUAUUAUUAACUUUUCAAAUGUGAUUUGUUUCUAAUUUUUUUUUUCAAUUUUGGAGUUUUUUUAGACGUUAGGAGAAAUUAUUAUAAUGAUGUAUGGUGUACUAGGUUGUCUAUAU